GUAGAAAAAGGCCUUCGCUACGGAACGCGACUGCAAAUAUUCUGCUUCGCCGUACGUGAAUGAAUUGAAUUUUUCAUAACAGACGCUCUUCAGUAUCGGCAGUAACGUACUACUUAGUGGAAGGCGUAUAUCAGUAGAUUCCCAUUACUGCAGUGGUCCACCGUGUGCCGACAUUACCAACGUACUGUGUUUCGGUACUGAUUCGCCGAAAAGUUUUCGUUCUGUGUCGUGGAGUACCAACAGUUUGUUAAUUUGCGUUUUGAUUCGAUACUUGUUAUCAGCUAUUGUCGAAUGCACAGAGUACACCGAAGCAACCUAAAUCAACAGCAGUACGUGGAUCGCUGUAGAUUACAAGGAAACCAGUGUUGCUGUAGCGCGUGACCAUUCAUUGAACCAUUAAAACCGACCCAGCGUUCGAAAGAGUUGCGGAUCCUAGGAGUGUGUGACAUCGGUGAAAACAAACCAUCGUCAGGAGAUACGGGGAACGGCCGGAGUCGGUAAAAGGCAGCACGCAGUCCUUUGACAACCCAGAACCCGGUGCAGGAAACAUAUUGUAUUGAUCUGGUUGGUGGAACGCGCGGCAUGAAUUUAGGUAGUUCCGGUGGAGGCGGUACCGGUACCUCAGGGAACACGUCGUCUGGUAGUGGUGGAGGAGGACCGGUAGGUGGCAUCUCGAUUGCCGGUGGCAGUGCCGGUGGUAGUAGCUCAAACACCGGUAGUGGUUACGGAAGCGGGGGAGGCUCCGGUAGCGAGAUGCCUGCGGAAAUAAUACGCCCUAAGGUUGUGACGGUGAAACACCCGGAAUCGAAUAAACCGAAACCGACCACUAAGAAGGGUAAAGGAAUACAGGCGGAUGUGGACGUUAUAAAGGAAUUUCAGCGCUGCAAAGAGGAGAACAUUCAGCGGCUCGAUUUGAGCAAAUCGUCCAUAACGGUCAUACCGGCUUCGGUAAAGGAUUGCACAAGCCUGGUGGAGUUUUAUCUGUAUGGGAAUAAGAUUUCAUCGCUGCCGCCAGAAAUCGGUUGCUUGUCAAACCUUAAAACGUUGGCAUUGAACGAAAAUUCGCUCACGUCCCUGCCGGACUCGCUGCAGAAUUUGAAGCAGUUGAAGGUGCUCGAUCUGCGACACAAUAAGUUGUCGGAUAUCCCCGAUGUCAUCUAUAAACUGCACACCCUGACUACGCUCUACCUACGCUUCAAUCGCAUCCGCGUGGUGGGGGAUAAUCUAAAGAAUCUGGCCAACCUGACGAUGCUGAGUCUGCGGGAGAACAAAAUCCACGAGCUCCCGGCAGCUAUCGGUCAUCUGGUGAACCUGACGACACUGGACCUCUCGCACAACCACCUGAAGCAUCUGCCCGAGGAGAUCGGACAGUGUGUAAAUUUGACCGCACUCGAUCUGCAGCACAAUGACCUGCUGGACAUUCCCGAAUCAAUAGGAAAUUUGUCCAACUUGAUGCGGCUUGGCUUGCGGUACAAUCAGCUUACGUCCAUACCGGUGUCACUGAAAAACUGUACCCACAUGGACGAGUUUAAUGUGGAGGGCAAUGGGAUUCGACAGCUGCCGGAUGGAUUGCUAGCCAGUUUGAGUAACCUAACCACCAUCACGCUAUCCAGGAAUGCAUUCCACAGCUACCCGUCUGGUGGCCCGGCGCAGUUUACCAACGUUACCAGCAUUAACCUGGAGCACAACCAAAUCGAUAAGAUUCAAUACGGCAUAUUCUCCCGUGCCAAGGGGCUUACCAAACUGAAUAUGAAGGAAAAUGCGCUGACAUCGCUCCCGCUCGACAUUGGCACGUGGACGCAGAUGGUCGAGCUGAACUUUGGAACGAACUCGCUGACCAAGCUCCCGGACGACAUCCACUGCCUGCAGAAUCUGGAGAUACUGAUCCUGUCGAACAAUCUGCUGAAACGGAUACCGAACACGAUUGGCAAUCUGAAAAAGUUGCGUGUCUUGGAUCUGGAGGAAAAUCGUCUCGAGUCGCUUCCGUCCGAGAUCGGGCUAUUGCACGAUCUGCAGAAGUUGAUCCUUCAGUCGAACCAGCUCAGUUCGCUACCCCGCACCAUCGGCCACCUAUCCAACCUGACGUACCUGUCGGUCGGAGAAAACAACCUUCAGUUCCUACCGGAGGAAAUUGGAACGUUGGAAAACCUGGAAUCGCUCUACAUCAACGACAAUGCCUCGCUGAUCAAGCUUCCGUACGAGCUGGCACUCUGUCAGAAUCUGGCGAUUAUGAGCAUUGAAAACUGUCCCCUGUCGGCGCUUCCACCGGAGGUGGUCAGUGGCGGCCCUAGCCUCGUUAUACAGUACCUUAAGCUACACUCACCCUAUCGGCAGAUGUGAUUUGCUGGCGCGGAACGAACGGGUCGAACAUUCUCCCGCUGGCGAACGAACGAACACUUGGGUGUCGCUUUUCUGCACGAGUUUUUCUCCGUCAUAGCCAGCUAUGUUUGGGUUUCUUCCGAGCUCGUUAAACCCCUCGAACGUUCGCUGCAGUUUGAGGUGAUUAAUUUUAGUAAGUUAUAAAACGAAAUCCCUUCGCAAACGAAACAAACGAAAACCGAAAAACAAAUCAUAAAUCAAUCUGCUGCCACAAGAUAUCUUAAAUUCUGUUCAAAAGUCCACAAGCGCGAACGAACAUCAUCAAAACAACAUCCACAGGAUCAGUGGUGUGAAAGUGCAAUGGUAGAAGAGAUACUCGAAAAAAAAAAACAAAUUGAAUCAAUGUGAUUAAAAUAAAGCUUUAAUAUUAUUGCUUAUUAAACAAACAUAAAACGACCGCAUGGACGUCAUAUUAGCGUAAACGUGCAUAUAAAUGAAAGUAAUUAAAAAUCCGCACGACGAAUUAUCAAAUAUUGAAAACAAAAACAGUAUAAUGAAAGCAGAAAAGAAAGCCAGUGGUAGAAGGUUCUUCAUCUUCACAUCGGUGCGAACGUCCGUUGGACUUGUGUUCCACUAAACUAGAGUUGUGAAUUGUUUUUUUUUUGACGAAUGGGACGUUUUCUUCUUGAUCAUCUUCGACCAACGCUUUAUGUAUCAAGUGCAACAGUCGCCAACGAGUGGAUUGUGCAUUUCCGUAACCGUUAGAGAGGUUGGCAAAAACGUCGGUGACAAUAGUUGUAAUCCGUGAUCGUAUAUAUUAGUGUGGCAGUUUGGUUUCGUUCCCAUCCGUUUGCGCCAAACGAGCAGUGUACUAUUGGAACACUAACGACCUAGAGCAGUGUAGCUUUGAAUUUAUUGAUAAUAUCAAACCAGUGUUCCAGUCCGUUGGUGUAUGUGAACGAAGGUGAUAAUCCGCAGGAGAUGGAUUUGUACCGAAUCGGGGCCACUAAGGUUCAACAAAUCUUCAAGCCGCUUUUGGAAUUGAUUGCUUGCGGCAUUUGAAUGCCGAAAUAUGGACUACACGGAUAACAGUGACUACUUCCGAGAUCCUGCAUUGCUACAAAUCUAUGUUAUCAAUUGCUCUCCAUUAAUAGUGGUCAACAUUACUAAGCACUCUAGCUGCAAGGACAAGGUUAUUAAGCAAACGAUUGAAGUAGAGAACAUGUGUCUUUGUGUCAUUGAUCUCGUUCAAACGUUUCCAUGAUAAAAACGGUGUUCUGCUAACAAAUUUCCCUUUGGAAAAGUACUUUUUCUUUACUAUUUCGGUAAUGCAUAACGGAAACCAUGAUAUACGUAAUCCUUCCUCUUGUUUUUUCAUAUUGAUUUGGAUUUGUCUAAGUUUGUUAUUUAUGUGACGUAUAAAACAGAAAACGAAUUUUAUGAACACUUUAAGUACUAUGAGGAACCAAAUUUUACAUUUAAAAACGGACUGCAACGAAUUUAUAGCUUUUAGGCAAAGGCUUCGAGGAAACGAAGUAUUAAAGUGGAAAUAAUUGAAUAAAAAUGUUUAGACAUGGUUCCUCGUUGAGACAAAAAAAAACAACAAACAAGAAUGUUCGAUUAGUCGUACGAAAAUUGUGAACAAGAUCGCGUUUUAUGGAUGAUUUAAAGUUUUAAAACUAUUGAUGUUAGCAUAUAAAAACCAAGUUUUUUGCAUUCUGUUUUUCCCGUUACAUUCUCUGUCUAGUCAAAAUUUAUCGAAUUUUCUUACUCGGUAUUCAUUUUUUUUAACGUAUGCUGUAAGUAGACGUACAGAAUUGAAGCAAGACGUAGCUUCAAAUUAUGAACUGUGCUUUCUUAUGGUCAGAAAGAAAACACAGCUCACUAACCUGAACUUUCCUAUUUUCCUCCCGCAACAAAAGAGGAGGGAAAUAACUAAUAGAAGAAAACCCAGCUGAAGCGUAAAUGGCCUAAAUACUAAAUAUAGGGAAACAUCUAAAUACAAAUACUAGUAGCAAACCACACUAACAGUUAACUAGCAGAAAAUGCUGUAACUGUAAUGAUCAUGAAAUGAAGAAAACACACUACCCGAUCGUGUUGCAGGGUAAAAUCGUCAGCUUACUUCGUGCAUUGUUGAAAUAACAAUGCACUAACAAAAUAAAACAGAAGUAGCAAGAAGUUUUUCACGUUGAAAGUUGACUAAUGCGAAUGACAACUAUCACCUAGAAUAGCGAAUCAAUGACAAGGUUAAAACUCAAAUUUCAAUUACUGAAAACAUAUAAGUUGUAAUUAUUGUUCGACGUUGAACCAGAGAACUAUUCGAAAGGAACAACUUAUUCUAUGCAUUCAUACUAUUGUAAAGCCACAUUCGUAUUUCUGUAUAGUCGAAGUCCUAUUGUUCUUUGGCGAUGUAUACUAUUAGUUGGCGCAAGGGUUUGCCUGAACUAUAUUUUAUGAUUUCAAUUAUGUUUUUAUUGUACAUCACAUCCCAGAAUGUGCUCGAACUUUUCUUAUUUAAUUAUCACAAAAUUGAAAUGGAAUGUGAAAAAGGCUUGCAAACGUAAUCAUCUUAUAAACGAUAGCUAGUGCCAUACAGAAGCAACACAAAAUUACAAUGAAAUGCUCAGUAGAUUUCAACAACUUUCCACUACUCCGUCGAAUGUUGAUUGGGUCGCUUGAUGUGUCCACUUUUUCUUCAAGGUAGAAUGUUUAGCACACACUGAAAACGAACACUAAGAGAGCAUGCGUUAUAAAACCAAAUCCAAAAGCGUUACAAAACGAACAACAACUACAAAGUAAAUACAAUCCAAAAAAAAUAGAAGAAAUGAAAUAUAACUAUAUACAUAUAUAUUUUAACAUUAAUAAAUAUUUAGGACAGUAGUUACGAACGAACGAAGUACGAUAGACUCAACACGAAAAACAUAAGAUACAUUUUGAGAGCUAGAAGGUGAAAAUAGUAAAUUGUGAAAACAAUUCAACCUGAGCUAUGGGCGGAAAUAUAUAUGAAUUUAUAUGUUAAAUCAGAUACAAUGUCAACCAUAACAUGAAUCAAGUAUACAGAGGAUGUAUCUUAUAUGGAACAUGGGAGUAAGGAAAUGAAGUAUAAAAUAAUGCAGGAAAACAUGAAACCAACAUGUAACGUAAUAUGCGCACAAAUAUAGUAUUCAAGACAAUUUCAGUUCAAUCAGUUUAAGAACGUACAUAUAUGGUAAAGUAGGGGGAAUAUAUUAUAAUACAAAGGAAGAACUGUUGUGUACUGCACACAUAUUUGAAUAAUACCGGCAGGCAAAGCGAAUAAGAUAUUUAAGAGCAGUUCAACUUUGUUCAUAAGUAUUUGCCGAAUUCGGGAUAAAAGCAUCGAUGUCAGUGACGAAGCGGAAAAGGAAAGUUCUUUAAAACGGAACAUUAUUAGAAAAGUAUAUAAUAAAGCUAAGCAUCAGAACUAUAUGUAUUAUUCGACGACAUAGGGGAUAGAUAUGAUAAAAAAAGAAAAUAAGUACAGCGAAAAAACUGGUUGCGAAUUUGAAAUGUAUUGAACUGUUUAGCCAUAUGAAAUUCGGCCGAGGCCAAGCGCUGAUUCGAUAGCAUUUCGUGAUUUAACUACAUUUAAAAACUAAAGCAAGAGAAUGGGAUAUAAAUCAAGCGCAUCGUGCAUAAAAGAAAAGCUCAGUGAGUGAGGGUAUGAAAGCUGCUUGUUGGUUAUUCCGUGGUUUUUCUUCUUUUUGUUUUAGACGAUUAACACUAAUUAUACCAGCACGUUGACGCAAAUGCGGUCUUUGAUUUGUAUUGACUCCAUAAUGGAAUGCAGUAUAAAAAAAAGGGUUUAUUAUGGGGCACGUACUGUACGUUUGGCACAAAUGUACCUUUCACAUUAUGUUUGAAGUAUGGAACUAUGUUCAAUAAAUAAAAAAUGGCAAAGGCGCACUUUGUCUGCUUUGGUAUGCACUUUUCCCGGUAUAGUUAAUGUUAUGUUAUGCCAACAGUGAGAAAUGCAGUGCGUGUUCAAAUGGAAACGUACCAACGCAUAAUUGUCGUGCUAAUUUUACUUCUUGGUAAUUUGUCUCAAAAUCCCAAUCAUAUGAAGAUAGUCAGUCCCAUUGAGAUUACUUGAAUUAAAUCGAACUACAUCAGAAAAUGUUAUGUUCUUCGAAUGUUUUAUUACAAUUUUUCCAACAUUGCUUGAACAGCUCAUUUGUUUAAACUUGAGACUUUAAACUUCAAUAAAGAAAGGUUUCUCGUUCAAGUGUGCCAAAAUAAAAUAAUUUAGUAGAACAUCUUUGAACGAGUGGAAACAUUCAGUUUGUUCAAAUGUUUAUUUCCGUUAUCUAACAGGCCCUGUAUAAGCCAGAUUUUUUUAACUUUCAUUGGAAAAAAUGACAAAAUAUGUUGAAAAUCUAGAGAAAAUAUGUUUGAUUGAUACCGAAAACAAAGUGUGAAAAAUCGAUCGAUUUAGUAGAAAAUUUGCGCUCAUAAGCAGUGUUCCAUCAUCGAAAAAAAACCUAUGAGGAGAAGCUUUGUUGAAAGGGAUUUAUUUUUUUAGGAUUGUUUUAGUAGUAGCCCAGGGACGGAAUGUUGAAAAAAAAACAAUUAUAAAUUCAGAAUGGAAUGAUUACAAAGUUAAUGGAACUGUAAAGAAGGAAAACAUC